AUGGGUAAAGAACGAGAAUCAAGUAAAAACGCUAAAAGAGACGCAGGGUUAACUUUAACAGACAAAGUGUCUGGUGCGUCAUGGGAAUUGCAAACUCCAACGAAAGCUGACGGAAAGUCACUUGCACAGGCAACUUCGGUGCUUUACGAAGUUCCUAUCACCAACAAUACUAUUCCGGCAGUUAAAUUUAAAGAAAUGAGCGCAGAUCCUAGGCCAGGAAGUCGCGAGGAGGAUGAGAGUACCAAAGGAUUGAGGGUAUACGAUCCAGCGUUUCAAAACACUGCUGUUUGCUACUCAAAAAUAACCUAUAUUAAUGGAGAUUUAGGAAUUCUUCGUUAUCGUGGUUAUCCGAUCGAACAACUAGCGGAAAAAUCAACAUAUCUUGAAGUUGCGUAUCUCCUGAUUUACGGAGAGCUUCCAUCAAAAGAACAGCAUGAUAGUUUUGUUCACGAAGUGAUGCAUCAUACAUUUGUGCAUUUUAAUGUUGCGGAACUGAUGCGAAAUUUUAACUACGAUGCACAUCCUAUGGGAAUGUUUCUUAGUGGCAUUUCAGCUUUGAGUACUUUUCAUCCAGACGCAAACCCGGCUUUGGCUGGAUCAAAUCUAUUUAUUCGCAAUGAGACUGUUAGGAAUAAGCAAAUUUUAAGAUUACUGGGUAAAACGCCAACUUUAGCAGCUGCUGUAGCAGGAGCAGCAGCAGCCUUAUAUGGACCACUUCAUGGCGGUGCUAAUGAAGCAGUAUUGAGAAUGUUGGAGGAAAUUGGUUCUACCGAAAAAGUUCCACUUUUCUUGAAUGAAGUGAAAGAAAGAAAAAGAAAAUUAUUUGGAUUUGGUCAUCGAGUUUACAAAAGUUAUGAUCCAAGAGCCAAAAUUAUUAGAAAAAUAGCUUAUGAAGUAUUUGAAGUUUGCGGCCGCGAGUCACUUAUUGAUGUUGCGAUAGAACUAGAGAAAAGAGCCUUAGAGGAUGAAUACUUUGUGAAAAGACAACUCUAUCCUAAUGUUGAUUUUUAUUCUGGUUUGAUCUAUAAAGCAAUGGGCUUUCCAACAGACAUGUUCCCGGUACUAUUUGCAAUUCCGAGAGUUGCGGGGUGGUUGGCUCAUUGGAAAGAAUCAUUGGAAGAUAAAGAGGCCAAAAUUUGGCGCCCGAGGCAAGUUUAUGUUGGACCAGGCGUUAGAUCUUACAUCCCCAUGGAACUUCGAGAAUCAUCCGACAAAAAUGUUAUCAAAAUUGAUUAA